AUGGCUUCCCAACAACAACUAAGCCACGAAAAUGAUAAUUGGAAAAAGAGUCUUGCUCUUCCUCAAAAAGACAUGAGGCCUCAAACAGAGGAUGUUACUGCCACCAAAGGUAAUGAGUUUGAGGACUACUUCCUGAAGCGUGAACUCUUGAUGGGUAUCUUCGAAGCUGGUUUCGAAAGACCUUCUCCCAUCCAAGAAGAAGCUAUCCCAAUUGCUCUUACUGGUCGAGACAUCUUGGCCAGAGCAAAGAACGGUACUGGUAAAACUGCUGCUUUUGUCAUCCCUACACUUGAAAAGAUCAACAAUAAGAAGGCCAAGAUCCAAGCCUUGUUACUCGUUCCUACUCGUGAGUUGGCUCUUCAGACUGCUCAAGUAUGCAAGAAUCUCGGUAAGCAUUUGAACAUCCAGGUCAUGGUUACUACUGGUGGCACUACUUUGAAGGACGAUAUCAUGCGUCUCAGUGAGCCUGUUCAUGUCGUCGUUGGUACUCCUGGUCGUAUUCUCGAUUUAGCCUCGAAGAACGUUGCUGAUUUCAGUGAAGCAUCCACCUUUGUCAUGGAUGAAGCUGAUAAACUCUUGUCUCCCGAAUUCACCCCCAUUAUCGAUCAAUUAAUCAGCCAUUUCCCCAAGGAUAGACAAAUCAUGCUGUUCAGUGCUACCUUCCCUAUGAUUGUCAAGAGCUUUAAGGAAAAGUACUUGGUCAAGCCCUAUGAGAUCAACCUGAUGGACGAGUUGACUUUGCGUGGUGUCACCCAGUACUAUGCCUAUGUCGAGGAAAAGCAAAAAGUCCACUGUUUGAAUACGUUGUUCUCCAAGCUUCAAAUCAAUCAAUCCAUUAUCUUUUGUAAUUCCACCAACCGUGUCGAGCUUUUAGCCAAGAAGAUCACCGAAUUAGGAUACUCUUGCUUCUACUCUCAUGCAAAGAUGUUGCAAAGCCAUCGUAACCGUGUUUUCCAUGACUUCAGAAACGGUGUCUGUCGUAACUUGGUCUGCUCUGACUUGCUGACGCGUGGUAUCGAUAUUCAAGCCGUCAAUGUAGUCAUCAACUUUGAUUUCCCCAAGAAUGCUGAGACCUAUUUGCAUCGUAUUGGUCGUUCAGGUCGUUUUGGUCAUUUGGGUUUGGCAAUCAACUUGAUUACGUACGAAGAUCGCUUCAAUCUUUACAAGAUUGAGCGUGAGUUGGGUACUGAAAUUCAACCUAUUCCUCCUGUCAUUGACAAAAACUUGUAUGUUGCUCCUAACGCUCUUGAGGAUGCCCAAGUUCAACAACCCAACCGUCAAUUAGCCAUUGCUACUCGCCAACAACAACAACAGCGUGAUCAAGCUCAAUACAGCAACAGCAAUAGCCAUACUAACUAUCAACAACAACAACAACAACAACAACAACAUCAGCAGCAGCAGCAGCCACAGCAACAACAAGUGUAUCACCAAAACGGACAUCAACAACAACAAUAUCGAGGCAAUUACAAUAACGGCAGUAGAGGCGGUGGAGGUGGAGGAGGUCGUCGUCAACAACAUCAAAACCAACAACAAAGAGGUCAAUCUUCAAGAUCAUAA